CUGAGCCAGAAGAGUAGCCAAGGGACACCUGUUGGCUUUUCUUUAUCCAAGCUGCGCAUCCAGUUUCGAUUGCCGACGACUUGGAUUGUUUGGAGUUGCUUUGUCGAGAUCUUCAACUCAGUCGCGCAAGUCAGCGCGUUAUCAAUAACUUUAGGAUGGCUUGUGGAGUUAGCAGCCGAAGGACUGGCAUCAGUUCGCCUUGGUCGGGAAACGAGCGAGUCAGGAUCGGGGAACGCUUCCAUGCGAGUUUGGCUGGGAUUGUGGAGCUGGACCUGCUGAAAAGUGUGCACCGAGAACUUGUGGAGACAGCGUUGAGACAGACUGAUGACCAGCACGAGGGACACAAGCGACAGCCGCUACGCGAUCAGAUAUCAUCUCAGGAUUGCAGUGGCUGCUACUUAGAUGGACUGAAAGACAGAAAACUGGACCGUAGUCAAUCACAAGAUCUUCUCGAUGAACCAGAAAAGGGCAGAUUGAGGCAAACACUUUCUAGCUUUUCAUCUGAACAUUUGGAGUUGGACCAGAGGUGUCACCUUCAUAAUGACUCCGUCACAACUGCCUUUCCAGGGGACAGCCAACUCGACUCUGACUCCAGGCCCAGCUCUGGUUUCUAUUCUGUUAGUGGUAGUUCUCUAUCCAACUCUUGCACUUCAGUGUUCAGUGAAGGUCCUGCGGGGUCUGGCUGGAAUGUGCAGUCCAGACCUCGUUCCACAGACGACAGUGCUACCCAAGGGUCAGAAUUCCGACUGCAGGAGCAGGGUGGACUCGCAGGAAGUCGAGAAGCCAAGAGGCCAGUCUCUGCAGGUGACCUGGAUCUGUUCUAUGGCUUCAUUUCUAUUGCCGAACUCUGUCCUCCAGCUAGAUCAGUUGCAACUGCUGCUGUAGCAUGUGUCUCAAUUUCCUCUACUGUGCAGCCUCAGCUAAGUUUGGAUCCCAAAUACCGAUCAGAUUUGAUCUCCCGGAACACCAAUGAAAUCUAUCACUAUCCUAGUCCACUCCAUGCUGUUGCACUCCAGAGCCCACUGUACACCACCGUGUCUGAGAAUUCAGGUGAAUCAAAAGAGGACUUGAAUGAGGACAAGUCUGUUAAUACGUCUGUUGCCACCAUCACUCCUGUAUUGCCAAUGAAAGAACAUGAAACUGACUCAAUCCUCAGAUCUACAAAUCUAAGUGGCAAUUCUAGCAUACUAGCCUCUCCUGGGCUAAGCUGUCCUUCUGAGGUCUCCAAAAUGGAAAAAUACAUUUCCAAACUGGUGGUACGUUACAGAUGCCGCUCUGCCACCACACCUUUCAAUUUAAAAAAUGGAAUCCCAAAACAAGAAGUUGACCCUUCUAUGGUGUCACACCAGAAGAGUCUAUCAAUGUCCUCCAUCUGCAGUGGCAGCACCUCAUCCACUAUGGUGGGUGGCACUAUCAACUCAGUCAGUUCUCUUAACUCUGUCAACUCAGUGCAAAAUGUGAAUGUCAGUGCCAACAUUGCCUGGAAAGGUCGUCGUAGGAUAUCCACAUGUUGCAUGGUCAAAUCUCCAGAAGGCCCUGGGACUGAGGGGCUCCGGACCUCUCCAGGAUUCCAGGAAAGCUGGCGCAACUCCAACAGUCCUUCAAAUCGAAGUUCCGUUAUCUCCUUGUCUUUUGAUGAAAGUGCUGUAAACUGGGGGUCAAAAAGGUCCAGUGUGAAUAAUGCCUCCAAGCCAGAAGACUUCUACUGCCAUACGCCUGGGCUUAUGCCGGGAGUAGAUCUUUUGAAAGAAAGAGAUGAGGAGUAUGAGUGUGACAAGGAAAAUGUGGCUUGGGAAUGGAACAAACUACCCAAGCACUUGCAGGAAAACUGUACAUCAGAUGGUAACUUCCAAUACUCUAGACCAUUUUAUAAAAGAGCUACAUCUUUAAGGUGGACCAGUUCUGAUACUGAGCAACUUUAUCAAGGCAAGCAUGCCUCCAAGGAGCUUGUGAAGGCUUCUACAAUUAGUGGCCUGAAUGGUAUGUAUGGAGUGGACUGUUACCUUACAGAGAGACAAACUCCAGUUCUCUUGACCAAUAAAACUACUGCCUCUGGCAGUAUGUCUUCAAAGAAUGGCCCGAUAACCAGCAACUCCAAAAGGAAGAUUAGUUUCCGAAAGAGACUGGAAGCCCUGGUUAUGGGUAAAAGAAGUAGCUCUGGCAGUCGCUCCAGCUCUGAAAUGCACCUCAAUUCUUUUAGUGGAAAAGAGAACAAGAAGAAAUCUCAGCUCUUCCGCAGCGAAUCUCACAAUGCUUUAGUGAAUUCCCGGAAGCAGAGGUGGAUGUCAGUGAUGGAGAUUUCGAGCCAUGCAACAGGAGAGGGAGAUUGUAUGAGGCGGCACAGGGAUCAGUUAUUUCAAGAUACCAGGAAAUACCCAUCUCGAAUUGGCCUGAUCAGCAACCAGAGAGGAGCAUUCUGCCAGGAUGCAAGGUUUGUGAUUGACUCUAGUCAGAUGGACCUCGCCUCUGGCUGCCUGUUUCAAGGUAGUCAAGCCAGCCUGUGCAGUAUAAAUGGCGAAUAUUGGGGCGUCCUUCACUUGCGGCCUGAUUAUGAAAGCCGGGUUAGUGAUGAAGAGUCAGAGACAAGACUGUACAGAACAAAAUCUUUCAGGGAGCUGAGGAAGAAGGUGUUCAGCUCUAUGAGGCCCUUUUCUUUUAAAAGUCAGAGUCUCAGGAAGUAAGAAAGUCGGAGUAUGUUUGGAUGUAUUUACUCACAAACUUCGGUGUCUGAGCCAUGGUAGGAGGAAAAAGAUACACCGCUUGGGCUUCUCUUUCAUGUAAAUGUGAGGCACUCCAAAGUAAAUAACAUAACCGGCUAUUUAUGAACUGCACUGAAGAUUUCUUAAAGAAUAACUUUGGAGGACAAGCCCAACAGAUCCCAAGAACUCUGCUGAUCUUGUUGAGCGCAUUUUUCUGUUCUCAAACUUGUUGCCAAGAUUUAACAAGAGCCCCACUUUUAGGGAAGGAAGUAAAAAAAUAGUUUUCAUAUCUACUGUAAAAUAUAUAUAUAAAUUAUAAAUAUUUGUGUUUUUCAGUUGUUUUUCUGUUUAUAAGUGAGACGUUGGCCCAUCGGUUGUAGUGGGCACAUUUAUUUUCUGCAGUUGACGUUUUCUAGUUUGAAAUAUAUGGAACCUGACAUUCCCAUUGAAUUAAUCUGUUCAACUGUAAAAAAAAGCCUUGGGAAACAAAAUGCCUAGAAAAUGAAAAAUUAUUAAAUGGAAUCAGCUUUUCUCUGUAUCAAUGACCAAAAACUUGAAUGCAAGUUUAAUUAUUAAAAAUGUGAUGCCUUAAUUUUAUUUAUGAUUUAAGUAAAAGAAAAAAAAUUC